AUGACUAAAUUAAAGUAUUUUAUUUUCCCUCAGAAAUUGGUAAAAUAUUUUAACGUAUCUUUCCUGAAUGUAAGACUAUAUUCCUUGGAAAGAGCGGGAAAUUCAUUUGAGCGUAUAAUUAAGAAGUUGGAUGGUUAUAUUAGCGAUGGAUCGAAGAAUAUGGAAAACCAUGGGGCGGUAAUGGAAUUAGGAAGAGAAUUCCUGAGGGGUCGAUUUUCCAUUGAGCAGAAUUCCAUGUUUUUGUCAAAAAUAAGCUCUCAUAAUGUGAACCAGGAAUUUUGGUCAGACUACGCUGUAAAGCUGAACGAAUUAUUUCGUGAAGCAGACAAAAGAAGAGUAAAAAUAUCCCUAGAUAAGACCGCCGAAAAUGAGCUGAACACCCUGGCGAACUUCUCAGCUAAUUUAAUCAAAGCCAAACUGCUUUCCAAGCCGUUUGAGUCCUUCUUCCUCAAAUCAGUCAUGAGGAAUCUGUACAAUAUCAUACCAGACAAAAUGCAUAUUUUCCACAGGCUGUUGGAUUACCUUGUUUACGCCGGGUUCAAGGACCCGUUUCCUGAUAUGGUUUUUGAUGUCCUGAUUGAAGCCUCGCCUAAAAUUCCGACGAAUGAUUUAAUCAACAUAAUGUACAAAAUCGGCGUCCUCGGACAGAAGAAUAAGCAAAUGACACAAGUCUUCGCGAGAAUAUUGAAUAAUAAGAUGUCAAGGGGUCUUUUGACGAGGUUUGAGAAGACGAAGUUGGUGCGCGCGUAUUCGCACAUGAAUUACGAGCACAUAACGUUUUUUAACCACAUAGCCAAGGAGCUGUUGUUCAUUUUCAGUCAAAUGGACCUUGGAAACUGCUUUAACAACGAGCCGCCGGCCGAGGAUAACGUCAUGGGCAUAGGAUCACCAAACUGCGGUCCCACUGGAGUUAUCGUAGAUGGCCUGAAAUACAUCAGAUUCAACUCUCACCCAGACGAGUUCAGAGUGUGGAACAGGCAAACUCAACUGCCAGACUUGUCAAUCCUGGAACCAGUCAAAUUCAGUAACCAAAAGGACCAAAUCUACACAUGCGGACAAAUCAUCUCAAUCCUAGACUCCAUGAUCUAUCUUAAGUUUCACCGUAUGGAGCCGGAGUUUAAGAAGUUGUUGAAUAACGCGUUGAAACACUUGUACAAGGAUGAAAUCAUUCAAAACUUUGAUCCGGAACAGCUGAGGUGCUUAAUCUCACUCCUCGCAGUCUGCAGAAAGUCAGUCGACGACCAAACUCUCGAAUUCAUCACCCGGAGGUUUAUCAAAUCGUAUGUUGAUGGGAGUGCGUCGAAUUCGCAGGUUUCUUUGUUUUUGAAGGACUUGGUGAAGCUGAACAAGAUCGUCGUUAGGAGGAAGAACGUACGGAAUCGGAUGUUACACAUAACCAAUUUCGUACCUCCCAAGUGGAUAAAUAACCCGCUACUCCUGGAACAAGACGCCAUGGACCCAAACUCAAGCAGAUCAAUGAUCGAACAACUAUGCCACAAAAUUUGCGAAAACGUCAAUACGUUUAGUAUGAACAAUUUGAGCAGUUGUUUGCGUUCAGUGGCGUAUUUGGGGUUUAAAAAUGAGAAGUUUUACGCUAUUUUUGUCCCCUUCUUGAGGCUGAACAUGGAAAACCUGAACCACACAGACAUCGCCAACAUAUCUCAGUCGUUUAACAAGGUUGGGAUUAAGGACAAGUACCUGUUCUAUUCUCUGGGGAAGCAACACCAGCUGCACUUACACAAUUCAGAGGAUAAAGCUUAUAUCCAGAGAAUUGGAUAAAAUAAUGUUAUAUCA